GGCGACGCCGCGGGGAUGGCGGGAGCCGGAGCAGGAGCCGGAGCUCGCGGCGGCGCGGCGGCGGGGGUCGAGGCCCGCGCGCGAGACCCGCCGCCCGCGCCGCGCGCGCCCCCGCGCCCCCGCCGCCCCCUGGCGCCGCCGUCGGGCCGCAGGAUGGAGGCGGCGGGCGCGGGCCCGGGCGCGGGGGGGGACAGCGCCCCGACCACCGAGGCCCUGUUCGUGGCGCUGGGCGCGGGCGUGACGGCGCUCAGCCACCCGCUGCUCUACGUGAAGCUGCUCAUCCAGGUGGGCCAUGAGCCGAUGCCCCCCACCAUCGGGACCAACGUGCUGGGGAGGAAGGUCCUAUACCUGCCCAGCUUCUUCACCUACGCCAAGUACAUCGUGCAAGUGGAUGGGAAGAUCGGGCUGUUCCGGGGCCUGAGCCCCCGGCUGAUGUCCAACGCCCUUUCCACGGUCACCCGGGGCAGCAUGAAGAAGGUGUUCCCUCCGGACGAGAUGGAGCAGGUUUCCAACAAGGACGACAUGAAGACCUCGCUGAAGAAGGUGGUGAAGGAGACCUCCUAUGAGAUGAUGAUGCAGUGCGUGUCCCGCAUGUUGGCACACCCCCUGCACGUCAUCUCCAUGCGCUGCAUGGUCCAGUUCGUGGGACGGGAAGCCAAGUACAGUGGCGUGCUGAGCUCCAUUGGGAAGAUUUUCAAAGAGGAGGGGCUGCUGGGAUUCUUUGUAGGCCUAAUCCCGCACCUCCUGGGAGAUGUGGUCUUCUUGUGGGGCUGUAACCUGCUCGCCCAUUUCAUCAAUGCCUACCUGGUGGACGACAGCGUGAGUGACACCCCAGGGGGGCUGGGGAACGACCAGAAUCCAGGUUCCCAGUUCAGCCAGGCCCUGGCCAUCCGGAGCUACACCAAAUUCGUGAUGGGGAUCGCCGUGAGCAUGCUCACCUACCCCUUCCUGCUGGUCGGCGACCUCAUGGCCGUGAACAACUGCGGGCUGCAGGCCGGGCUCCCCCCGUACUCCCCGGUGUUCAAGUCCUGGAUCCACUGCUGGAAGUACCUGAGCUUGCAGGGCCAGCUGUUCCGUGGCUCCAGCCUGCUGUUCCGCCGGGUGUCCUCGGGCUCCUGCUUUGCCCUGGAGUGACCAGUCACCAUGACACCUGCCGUCAGCCUGCCCCUCGUGGGGGAGGCCCAGUCAGGCACCUGCAGAAGACACCGACUCCGCCGCACCCAGAUGUGCUCCAGCCCGGCCGGGCUUUGGUUCCCCUGUUUCCAUGUGUCUGUCCAGAUGGGGUUGGGCGGGGGUCAGCCCAAGUGGG